AUGCCAACAAAUCCCACCUCCAAUUGGCUGAGACUACAGAAUGUCUACUAUGACCUAAGAACGUGCUAUGCUCCGCUAGGCUGGUCUAUUGGAAACUUGCACUCCGAUUACAAAAUAGCCUUUGCAUCCAAUUCCACAUUGAUUGCCGUUGCCUCCAAUUCGGUACCGCAUCCUAAUCUCAUUGAAGUGUACAGUCUUAGUGGGAACAAAGUAACAUCAGUGGUUUAUAAUUCUACACCAACUGACUACAUUCACGACUUUUGCUUCCGCAAUGAGGAUCUAAUGUUGGUACUCAAUGAUGGAAGGAUUCGAUACUACCAAGAUUUGGUGGGGAAUUUUAAUGAGUAUCGAUUUACUGAAAAUGCAAUCAAAUUGGACAACAUGACAGCCAACGGAAAGGCUAUCAAUGGGUCUGCUACCGAAUCAAGUCGAAUGAUCACAAAUCUCGAAAAUGACGAGAUGGAGGAAGUUGUUAAUAUUCAGGAGGUCCUAGUAUCGAAAACUCACUUAGUCAUAAGACUUGACAACAAACUCGUCUUGACGGACUUGAACUCGUUUCAAAACUACGAAAUUGAUAUUUCUAGCUUCUCUUCGAGGGGCAUUGAGGGGAUGGUUAUAAACGGCAGUCAGGAAACCGUUAUCAUUUAUGUUGCCUGUCAGAAAACAAUUUUAGUAUUGAAGGUUGACUUUGGUCUCUCGAGUUUUGAACUUGUUGAUCAAGAGCUCACAGAUGGGCCAUUCAACAGUAUCUCGGUCUCACCAAAUGGACAACUUACAGCACUACACAACAAAACAUACAACAAAGUCUUUGUUGUAAGUAGCGCAUUUGAUCAAAUACUUUUGGAGUAUGACACUUCCAAUGACUCGAGCUCCCCACAUCAAGUAGCAUGGUGCGGGAAUGAUGCAAUUGCACUAUCCUUGAAAGACGAAAUAAAGUUGAUUGGCCCAGAACAGCAGUCAAUUUCAUUCUUUUACGACAUUAACGAAGACGACGAUUUUGAUCUCGACAAUCUACUACUUAAGGAUUCUGGGAAGAAUGACUUGCUGUACACGAUUCCCAUUAUACAAACGUUGCCAGAUGGGUUGAGAGUAGUAACUAGCGAAAAAGUGCAGUUUUUGUACCGAGUUCCAGAAAAAACGGUGGCGAUGUAUCAAAUUGGAUCAAACAGUCCCAGUAGUAUAUUGGCUGAUUGCGUAAACAAAUUCAGUCUGAAUGCUGCUAAAGCCCAUGCCAACAUCACACUUUUGAAGUCGGAUGAUGUUCUUUCUAUUGCAAUGGAUGAUGCCCUUGCAGUAGCCCUUGACGAGCUUGACACUAGUUGGCAAAAGAGGGCAUUGAAGGCUGUUUCGUUUGGAAAAGUAUAUGCAGAGGGGGCGUUUGACGCGGACCAUUAUUUAACCGUUUUGGAUACAAUCAAGGUUUUGAAUCAACUACGAGCACCUGAGUUGGGAAUAUUUCUCUCCUAUCUGGAGGUGCAAUCAAUUGGUUGGAAAGAAGUUGUCAAGAUGCUUUUACGAAGGAAUCAACACUAUCUUGCUUUACGAAUUACAAAGGCUCUUGAGCUCAAAGACGUGAUUCCCUUGAUAUAUGUUCAUUGGUGCUGCUACAAAAUACGAAAAGAACUGAACUUGUCCGAUGUGCAAUUGUUCAAAACAAUUGUCAAUAAAUUGUUAUCGGCUUCAAAGAAAAGGAGAAAUUAUAUAUCCAUUGAUAUGAUUUCAGAUGUGGCACACGAGGAAGGGAGAGUCAUUUUGACCAACUUGUUAGUCGAUUUGGAGCCUUCAAUAAUUAGCAAGAUAAAGAAGCUUGUUGAGUUUGAUGAGACUGAGUUAGCUUUAGUCAAAGCUUUCCAAUCUGGCGAUUACGCCUUGGGACUUUUGAUGCUCUUGCAUUUACAAGAUACUCUUCCCACAUCCGACUUUUUUGAAAUCUUGAAUCAAAAUGAGAGCAAGCACUAUAAUCCUACUAUUAGUAGAGAGUUACAAGACUUGGAAGUUGAAUUACCAACUGAGGUCAUCCCGAUCAAAGGUGAUGUAAUUGGUCAUACUUGGAUAGAGUCCUUAGGGAAAUCCGAUCCCAAACUAAUGGAGAAAUUUUUGAUCCACGAAGAUAAAAACAAUGAGUUGAAUUUGCUCAAGCUAAAGGAGUUUGCGAAAACUCAUCCAAAUGGUGAAGGUGAGGAAUACUACAACAGCUACAAAAAGUUGUUAACAAAGUGUUUGCGAAGAUCAGCCCGCACCACCACCAUGAAAGCAAUUGAGAGAGAACUUAAAAUUCUUGAACUACAACACAGAUUGGAGAAAACAUAUCUUACCAAUUUCUAUUCUGAAAAAUCGUUGCUAUCAAUCUUGGCCAGGUUAAUCAAAAUGAAUCAAAUCAAGCCGGCAAGUAAAAUAGUGAGGGAGUUUGCAAUACCGCAAGAGAAAUUCUGGCAUUUGGUAUUGAGCACAUAUGCACGAGCUCACGAAUUUGAUCGAUUGUACGAAUUUGUUUUUGGGUCAUUGGAUGCAUCGUCGGGGAAAUCUCCCAUCGGUUUUGAACCAAUUAUCGAUGCGGCAUUUGCUAAUAAUGCACCAAAGGAGCACAUAUCGGCGUAUAUCCGCAACUCGGUAAAGUACAAGUAUGAUGAAAAAGUUCGUUUAUUUGUGAGAAAUGGGGAUUAUGAGUCGGCUGCACAUGAGGCAUUCAAAAAUAAAGACAUUGAGGUUCUUCGCAACUUGCAACAGACUGUUCCUAAUUCGGACACAAAAGCUUUACAAAUUAUAAAGUCAAAUAUGCAAAAGUUGGGUUACUAA